AAAAAUUUGCUUCUGCAGACAAAUCUUAUUAUUUGGUGCUUCUCCCCCACAUGUGCUUACCUUCCCACAUCCUCUCACCAUAACUCAGCUGCGGACUGUGUGAUCUUGGUUUCAAGUAGCGUGUCCGCCUACUUGCAGUACACACAUUAAGAAGAUGUUGUGCUGUUCCCGAUGGCUAUCACACUUUGGCCGGAGAUGCGUUGCCGCCCGCCACUUCCUACACUUAGAACGGACAUUGGCAAAAGCAGCCACUACAAAACCCUUCAUCUUCCAAGACAUAAUGGACUUCGAAGCAAAACCAGAGGUUCCAUGGAAGAAAAUUUCAGGUGAUUAUGUAGAAACAGUCAACGUCAACGGUAAGAAGGUACUGCAAAUUGAUUCACAAGCACUGACUCUUUUGGCAGAGAGGGCCAUCGUGGACAUUGAACACUUACUGAGGCCAGGUCAUCUACAGCAAUUAUCAAAUAUUCUCAGGGAUCCAGAAGCUUCAAAAAAUGACAAAUUUGUAGCCCUGGAGUUGCUAAAGAAUGCCAACAUUGCUGCCAACAUGAUACUGCCAGGCUGUCAGGAUACAGGAACGGCUAUCUGUAUGGGCAAGAAAGGACAAUAUGUGUGGACAACUGGGGAACCAGAUGAUGUAGCACUGUCUCAAGGAAUCUACAAUGCUUUCACACGGAACAAUCUACGAUAUUCGCAGGUGGCGCCAUUAGAUAUGUACAAAGAAGUCAACACUGGUACCAAUCUACCUGCUCAGAUUGAAAUCUAUUCCACCAACAGCAAUCAUUAUGACUUUCUCUUCUUAGCCAAAGGUGGUGGUUCUGCCAACAAGACAUUUCUUUUCCAACAAACCAAAGCCCUCCUUAAUCCUGAAAAACUUCUCCAAUUCUUUGACGAAAAGAUUAAGACCCUAGGCACUGCUGCCUGCCCUCCUUACCAUUUAGCUAUUGUCAUUGGUGGGACAUCUGCCGAGUAUAAUCUGAAGACAGUGAAGCUGGCAUCUUGUCGGUAUUUAGAUACACUACAUACAUCAGGUAAUGAAUUUGGCCGUGCAUUUCGUGAUGUUGAACUAGAGAAAGAACUGCACAAGUUAACGCAACAGAUGGGUAUUGGGGCACAGUUUGGCGGCAAGUACUUCUGUCAUGACGUGAGGGUUAUUCGGUUACCCCGUCAUGGAGCUUCCUGCCCCGUAGGCAUCGGUGUUUCUUGUUCUGCUGACAGACAAGUUAAUGCACGGAUCAAUGAAGAUGGAAUCUUUCUGGAACAACUGGAAACGAACCCACACAAAUACCUACCUGAGAUCACUGAUUUAGAUUUGGGUGGAGAUGUAGUACAGAUUGACAUGAACCAACCAAUGAAGGAUAUGCUUUCAAUCCUGGAUUCUUUCCCUAUUAAGACUCGACUGUCUCUCAGCGGAACGCUGAUUGUUGCCAGAGAUAUUGCUCAUGCCAAGUUAAAGGAGAGAAUUGACAGUGGAGAAGGCCUCCCCCAGUAUAUGAGAGACCAUCCUGUCUAUUAUGCAGGACCUGCCAAAACCCCUGAGGGUUACGCCAGUGGAUCUUUCGGCCCUACAACUGCUGGACGUAUGGAUUCCUAUGUCGAUUUGUUACAGUCACAUGGCGGAAGUAUGGUGAUGCUAGCUAAAGGAAACAGAAGCAGACAGGUAACCAGAUCCUGUAAACAACAUGGUGGCUUCUACCUUGGUUCCAUUGGAGGACCAGCUGCCAUCUUGGCUGAGAACUGUAUCAAGAAGGUUGAAGUUUUAGAAUACCCAGAAUUAGGCAUGGAAGCUAUCUGGAAAGUUGAAGUAGAAAAUUUUCCCGCUUUCAUCGUCGUUGACAACAAAGGGAAUGACUUCUUCCAGAAAUGGCAAGUGGCAUAAAACACCAGCACCAUUCCACACAGUUCCACAGUAAACCGGUUUCCACCACCGAAAUCUAUUUAGGACAGUAGCAGGUUUCUUUUAUAAGGAACCAAAGCUGGUACCAAGUGGCAAAAUAUCUGACAUGUGGAUUUCCAUUUCAUCUUCAGAUUCUACUGGGGAAAAACAAUGAGGAAUAAUUAUAAACUGUUAAUUAUCAUUUAAUUUAUAUUUAUGAAGAAUGUUGGUAGAAUUGUUUGGAGCAGAAGACAAAAUGCCUUGUGGUAUUAAAUUAGGAUUUCUUUAACUUUUGAGUUUGAAACCUGUUGAGGUUGACUUUAGCAGUGUUGAUGAAAUAAAGAACUAGUAAUCUACUGA